AUGUCCCAGUCUGGAGUCCCCAACCUGUUGGGCACGCCAGACGCCGAGCUGCUCGCACCCGCACCCACGAAGCGCCACGUCCUCUGCGCGAAAAGAGGCUAUCUGGAAGAACUGAGGUUAGCAGAGCCACGGUACCUGGAAAGUCCCGUAGUCAUCACCACCCCGACCGUAGUUGUUGAGACUAACUACGAAAGACAAAGAAGAAUCUUCGAGGAAGAGACCACGCACAUGGAGCCACGAAGCCGGUGGAAGCUGUGGAGCCUGCUGGAACGAUACCGCGACACCUGGGAGGAGCCCAAAGUUGCGAGAGUCAAGUACGCGGCCAGAUUCACAGUCCAUGGCAGGCCUUUCAAGGCGAGAGUACGGCACUACGAGCCGGAAAUGCGUGAGGAGCUCGAGAAGCAGGUUAAGAAGCAGCUCGAGUUAGGAGUCAUAAGACCUUCGAAGAGUGAGUGGGCCGCGGCUCCACACUUUGUCAAGAAGAAAACGGGAGAAUGGAGGUGCGUUAUAGACUACAGGCGGCUGAAUGCGUCGAUGGUGGCAGACUCCUACCCACUACCGCGCAUCUGGGACCACCUACGCCGUGCAGCCGGAAAGAAGUACUACUGCACGUUGGAUAUGAACAGCGGAUUCUGGAAUGUCCCGAUCGAGGAGGGGAGUAAGCCGUUGACGGCAUUCAUAACUCCGAUCGGGCUAUUCGAGUUCAACGUCAUCCCAUUCGGGGUAAAGAACUCACCUGCUGAGUUCCAGCGGGCCAUGGAUGCUUGUUUCGAGCCCUUACUCGGCGACGAUGCGUUUUGCUACAUCGACGAUAUCGUCAUUUGCGGCGACGACUUCGAGAGCGUGCUCGCAAAAGUGGAGCUCUUCCUGAAGCAAUGCAGGGAGACUGGGUUCUACCUGCGGCUCGACAAAAGUGAGUGGUUUAAGCGCCAGGUGAAGUACUUAGGACACGUGGUCGGCACGGAUGGUAUCAAGGUCCAGGAGAAGAAGACACAAACUAUC